AUGCCAGAGGGACAUCAGUACGAAACAGUCUCAGGUUUUGUCUGCGAGGCCUUUGGGUACAUCCCAAAGACUGGUGAGAGUGUGACGGUAGUCCUCGAAAAGGAAAACUGGGAAGAGCAUGAUGAACAUGAAGAGGGUAAACACGAGCGCCAAGAUCAGAAGGAGAAGCACCAAGUUUAUAGACUAGAGAUCCUAGCAGGGAAUGCCAGAAAAGUGAGCGCAGUCCGGUUUGAAAGAGUUAGUGACAUGAAUGAAGUUUCAGAUGCGAAAAACAUGGUUCCCAAGUUCGUGAGAAAAUGGGGCAGUGAGGAAGAACACGAGGGGAAUCACCAAGCCAAAAUUGCAGUCUCGGAUGAGCAUCUAACUACUGAAACUGCAAGUGUGAAGAAAGAAAACUAA